UCCAAUCUUUAAAGUUUGUCUGGUUCCGAGCUGAGAUUUUGUCCAGCUUUUAUUUUCUGAGGGGGGUGAUAUGACGUGGUUCGGCAUAAUGCUGUGUCUGCUGGGACUGUCGUCGUGUCAGGCUGCUGUUGCUCGUCACAGGAGAAGAAGUGACGAAAGGGUGGGACAAUUUUUCCCCAGAAAUCCACGGGAAACGGUUUCGGACUGGUUGUCGUAUUUGGCUGUCUCAGCUUCCCCAAAAAGAGUCGAUUUCAGCAAGAAUUACGUGUCUCACCCCUCACUCCAGCUUCUGAAGGACUUGUACCCCACGUCUCAUCUUUCUCAAUCUGCCCCUUCCCACGAUUAUGAUUACAAUGGGGACAACUUCCCUUACCCAAAAUCUCCAUACGUGACGGACCUCCCCAGCGCGGCUGCUGUUUACAACACUAUUGCUGAUUGUUUGCAUAAACUUAAACUUGGUGCUGUCGACCAAUUUGAUGCAUUUCCAAAGAUUGGAGAUUACCAGGAAUCUGAAUUAAAUAAUGAAAAAAUUGCUACUUAUGCCGGACCCACUUUGCGUAAAGAAGGUGAAAAACGCGACCAAAUUCGAACCGGUGAGUAUAAAACCGGUACCGGUGCUUCUGAUAAGGUGAAGAGCCGUGCUGGGCAGGCAUGGGAUGGAAUUAAGGGACGAGUUCUUAUACCGGGCGUUAGUGAGGUCGUUAAUGUCGUAUCAUCAAAACCAGGAAUUGUUGAAGGUGCUUUUGCCCCUCAAUUUGUUGAGGCGAAGCCGGGGGAGCUGACUGUUCAGGGAGUUCAGAGCAUAACGCAGUUUCAGGGAUAGUAGUGGCAAGGCAAGGGCUUCAUCCUUAACGCAAGAGAUCUGAGUCCUUUUCUUCCAACUAUGAUGACCUCGACAAGUCCUUCGACCAUCCAAAAAUUGACGGACACCGCAUAAAUCAAGUCUUUUUAAGUUUUUAAGUUAAUUUUAACAUUUUUGGAAAAUUAAAUCGGUAAAAUUCUUUUGCUUUACACUUUUUCAAUGUACUCGUAUGUUGCCAAGUUUUUAAAUGUUAGGAUUACAAGGAUAAAACAUACCUGUCACCACUGGGCAGGAAAAUCAAAUUAAUUUUAACCGUAAAUAUUUCAAAUCACUGAGAUUACCAUGAAAAUAAAAUUCGCAAUGCUUGGAUAAUUUUUUCAUUUAAUUUUGCAGAUGCCUACUUUACAUAUUCCAUCAUGUUGAUAAAUAUGUAUGAUAAAAUAACGCAAAUGUAAUUCAAGGGUUACAUAGAAACCUGUACUUUUUUAUGGCUGACAAUGUAAUUUAGAUAGUUCCUUAGGGAAAUUUAUGUGCGAAAACUAUUCCACUUUCAAACAUAUACAUAAAUUUAAUCUCCAUUUGAGAAUAUUUAUUGUUGUGGCAAGAUCCAAAGUACGGUAUUUUCAAGUCAAUAUCAAUAAUUCAAGGGCAGAUUUUACACUGGACUCAUUAAUAAUUAAAGAACUCUAUUAAUAAUAUAAUCAUGAAUUUACAUGAAGAAUACACAAGUCAUAC